AUGGGCGAAGUGGUUAGGGCGGUGGAGGAGGUGCAGGAGUGUGUGGAGGCGCAGGUGUGGUGCCGCGGGUGUGGUGGUGCUGCGAUGCAAGGCAGGUGUGGUGGUGCUGUGAUGCAAGGCAGGUGUGGUGGUGCUGUGAUGCAAGGCAGGUGCGGUGGUGCUGCGAUGCAAGGCAGGUGUGGUGGUGCUGCGAUGCAAGGCAGGUGCGGUGGUGCUGCGAUGCAAGGCAGGUGCGGCGGUGCUGCGAUGCAAGGCAGGUGUGGUGGUGCUGCAAUGCAAGGCAGGUGCGGUGGUGCUGCGAUGCAAGGCAGGUGCGGUGGUGCUGCGAUGCAAGGCAGGUGUGGUGGUGCUGCGAUGCAAGGCAGGUGGGCACAUGCCAUGGUGACCAAUUUGGUUCCCCUGACCCCCAUGUGCGCGUGCUGGUGGGUGCAGAUGCUGGGGUCGAUCACAGCGCAUGCGGACGCCAUGAAGGAGAAGGUGCAGCAUAUGGGGGGGCGGGUGCGCGCACUUGUGGAGGGGGUGGUUGGUGGGCGUGGCGCAGAUGAGCAGGGGAGUCAAGAGCGUGAAGGUAAGGGCGGGGCUGGGCACGUGAAGAGGGAAGAGGAGCAAGGGGGAGUGGUGGUGGAAGAGGAAUUGAGAGUUUUUGUUAACGACAAGGUAAAAAAGGAAGCCAUGGAAGGCAUGUAG